CAUGUGUGUGCUUGUGUGGAAGAUUACCUACAGGUGUCCCCUUGGAAUUAUUCGGUGUCUGGAGGGUUUCUGUUGUCUUGGAUGCAGUUUUACUUCAGUCAGACAGAGAGGCAGAGAGGACAGGACCGACGCCCGGCAGAGAGAAACACAAUAUCCUCGCUUCAACCUCAGGCGUACCAGUGGACACAUGGCGGGCCUGGCAGCUCUCUGCCUGCUGCUGGUGUUUCCACUGAGCAGCUCCCAGAGCACCCUGCAGUCUGAGCAAAAGAUCAAUGCCCAUCAGGCCCCAGCUGCGCCUCCCUCUCCUCCACACAUACGGGACCUGCUCAGAAAAGAGGAAACCACUCAUUUAAAUGCAAAACGGACGUAUGCCCAUGUAGACAAAGAUAACGCCAAAGUGGGUCUGUUCAUCGCUGCGGCCAUGGGAACCUUCGCCCUGAUGGCUGCAGUGUACUGCAUCUACAACAAGUUCUACACCAAACACCAGUACCUGCACACCCAGCUUCACGAUGACUCCGAUUUAACCACAGAUAACAUGGAUCCUCCCCCUGUGUUUUACCACGCAUCUGCUGGCCCCAGUGCAGUAGACGUGCGGAGGGCCGGUUACGGCUCAGUCUCAGCCACUCCAUCCAUCAUCUCUGUGCCACCCAGCCUGUCCCCUCCUCCCUCUGCCAUGCCCUUCCCUCCCCUCUUCCUCUCCUCUCAGUCUCUGAGAACUAUAUCAGCCCGGGACCUGGAGAAAAGCUGCAUCUGAUGUUGAAUGCUUAGUCCGCAGUAUGAAAGCAGAAGUAGUUCUUAAUUGCGCAUUUGUUUUUCAAUACCGCAACACACAUCCGACUUAGUUGUAAUUUUGCAGGCAACUGGCUUUGCACAAGCAUUCGGUUUUUUAACAAUAGGAAACUGCAGAAGAAGAGACUAUUUACAGCAACAGUUGGUGGUGAAAUAUACCGAAGAAUUGUGCUGUGAUGAAGUAACUCAUCCACUUGCUGCAACUGCCAAAUCUGCCCCAAAUAUGUAUCUAUGUAUCAGUAUCUUUCCUGCACCUUAUCUCACACCAGCCAUCCUCUCAGUAGUUGUCCAGUGUGGUACCGGAAAAAAUAAACUGUC